CCCUCCUUCCCCCCCCCCCCCGCGGGUUCCUUCGCUGCGAAGAAAAUGGCGGCGGCGCCGAGCGGCGGCGAGGAGCGGCUGGAAGAGCAGGCGGAGGAGGAGCCCCUGCCGGCCCUCCAGGAGCGUCCCCCCAAGGCCAAGAAAUCCCGCAAGGAGCAGCAGCGCCGCGACGACGACGACGACGGCGACCCCCCCGACCCCCCCGAGCCCUCGGGGGCCGAACCGGCGGAAGCGGGCAAAGCCGAGAGCUCGGAGGGUCCCGGGGGGGCCGCGCCGGCGGCUCCGGAGCCUUCGGCCUCCCCCAAGCAGCGCCGCUCCAUCAUCCGCGACCGCGGCCCCAUGUACGACGACCCCACGCUGCCCGAGGGCUGGACCCGCAAGCUGAAGCAGCGCAAGUCCGGCCGCUCGGCCGGCAAGUACGACGUCUACCUGAUCAACCCGCAGGGGAAAGCCUUCCGCUCCAAGGUGGAGCUGAUCGCCUACUUCGAGAAGGUGGGCGACACCUCGCUGGACCCCAACGACUUCGACUUCACCGUCACCGGCCGCGGGAGCCCCUCCCGGCGCGAGCAGCGGCCCCCCAAAAAACCCAAGGCCCCCAAAAGCCCCGGCACGGGACGGGGACGCGGGCGCCCCAAGGGCAGCGGGGCGGCGCGCCCCAAGGCGGCGGCGGAGGCCGGGGGGGGCACGCCGCUGAAACGGGCGAUGGAGAAGAGCGCCGGCAAGCUGCUGGUCAAGAUGCCCUUCGCCGGGGGGGGGACGACGACGACGACGGCGGCGGCGGCGGCGACGGGGGGGGCGGCGGUGACGGCCCCCCCCCCCCAGUCCGGCCCGGUGCUGGCGGCCAAGCGCCCCGGGAGGAAGAGGAAGGCGGACGCCGACAGCCACGCCGUGCCCAAAAAGCGAGGCCGAAAGCCCGGGGGGGCCGCCGGGGGGGGCGGCGGCGGCGGCGGCGGCGCGGGAGGAGGAGGAGGAGGAGGAGGCGGCGGCGGCGGCGGCGGAGGAAGCAGCGGCGGGGGGGGCCCGGCCGGCUCGCCCCCCCCCGAAGCCAAGAAGAAGACGGCGGCCGCCCCCCCGGCGGUGCAGGAGACGGUGCUGCCCAUCAAGAAGCGCAAAACCCGCGAGGCGGCGGCGGCGCCCCCCCCCCCCGAGACCCCCCCGGCCCCCCCCGAGCGCGGCGGCACCGGGGGGGGCGGCGGCGGCGCCCCCCCCCCGGCGGGGGGACCCCCAAGGGACCCAGGAGCGCCCGCAGCCCCGGGCGGCGCAGCAAAGAGGGGAGCCCCAAAGGGCGGGGGGGCAAGCGGGGAACCCCCCCCCCGCCGCCGCCGCCGCCCCCCCCGCCGCCGC